AGCCAAAUUAUGUGAUAAUCUUCUUUAACAAAACAUUCUGCUGUUCUUAAUCCCUUACCUUUAUACUGAGAUAAUCUUCUGUCAUGGGAUCUGGAUGGCUGCUCCGUUCUAUCAUCUGUCUAAACGGAACAAAGAAGAACAAAUCAAAUCGAGGCAACGUACUUUCUGAAACAUCAAACCGUGUCAAACCGGUUGAAUCAAGCUCUGCUGCUUCUACUAAGCUUACCUCAGAAGUCGCUGUUAUUCGCAUUCAAAAGGCUUUUCGAGCAUUCAAGGCAAGAAAAAGACUAUGCAGCUUGAAGAGCGCGAGGAGAUUUAAUGCGCUGAUCCAAGGCCAUACAGUGAAGAAUCAAACUUCGACUGCACUCAAUGUGAUUCAUUCUUGGUGCGAUAUACAGAGUCAGGUCAGGGCAAGACGUUUGUAUAUGGUGACACAAGGUAGACUCCAACACAAAAGAUUGGAGAAUCGGUUGAAGCUGGAGAUCAAGCUUCACGAUCUAGAAGUUGAAUGGUGUGGAGGUUCUGAAACAAUGGAGGAGAUUCUAGCAAAGAUACAACAGAGAGAAGAAGCUACGGUGAAGCGUGAAAGAGCAAUGGCUUAUGCUUUCUCACAUCAGUGGAGGGCUAAUGCUACACAGUAUCUAGGUCAAGCUUCGUUUAACCUUGGCAAAGAAAGCUGGGGAUGGAGUUGGAAAGAACGGUGGAUUGCGGCUCGACCUUGGGAGAUUAGGGCUCAAUGCUACGUCAGUUAUAAACCGAUCAAACCAGCUAAAAAACCCGGGAAAUCAUCACCCAAUAAUGUGAUCACAAAGACCUCUGCUAAACCGGAUUUUCCAUACGCCAAGGAAGUUGGAAACUCGAAAAAGCCUGACUCUUCUUUAUCAAAUCAACACAAUUUCUCUGAUUCUCAGAUCUCAAGAGUUUCUUUAACAACAAUGAACAAAAAUCCACGAAUCGAUUUUUCCUCACCGUCGUCGUUAGCCACCAUCUCUGACUCUGCAGACGGUGAGCUGAAUGAAGACGACAUCUUCGCAAUUGACAUAUCUCAUGCGCCAGCUCGUCAUUCUCCGGUAUCAUCUCCGGCGAAGCAACAAACUCCUGCUCGUCAGCUUCAGAGGAGCAAAAGCGGUUUGAAGAACGUGGAAGCUUCUGGUAUCCUCGCGGCUCUUCCUGAAUCCUCUGGAAAUAGUAGUUACUUAAGUCAUGUAUUUCACCACAAACCUGCGGCUGCUCUCUCCACUUCUGUCUCCUCUACAGCUUCUUCAUCGUCUUCUUCUGGUGGCGGUGCAUCAGCUGCUUCUUCGUCUUCUGCUCGAGCUAUCCCAACCGCGCCUAAACCGCCUCAAGAAAGGCUUCCGUUUUCAGCUUCUUUUAUAGGUGGUGGGAAGUAUCCUCAAUCAGCUCCGGUUCAAGUGCCGUUAGUGUCGUCUGCGAUGAUGAAUCGUCAUAAGAAGGAAUUCAAGCUGACUGAUGUGGUGGAUGAUGAUGAGGAGGAAGAAGAGGAAGGCGAAAUGCUUCCACCUCACGAGAUUGUAGCUCGGUCUUUGGCUCAGUCGUCGUUGUUAUCUUGCUCAGUGCUUGAAGGAGCAGGAAGGACACUUAAAGGGAGAGAUCUCCGGCAGGUAAGGAAUGCUGUUUUCAGAAGAACCGGUUUCAUAGAUUGAGUGUGUUUUUUUCUCUACUUCAGAAAGACCAUUCUUUAAUUUGUUAUCCCAAUUGAUGAACUUCUUUAUCCCUUGCCACAGAAACUUGUCAAUGUGUAUGUUCAUAUGUUGUCUCCAUUAGACGAUUUGUUUACUUCAUAUCAAAGAGAUUGAUGUGAUUGCACAUGUUUAUUAUUGCUUCAUGCUUCACAUGUUGGUGAGAGAGAGCUUUAGAGUUAUUUUGAGGUUUGAGUCUUCACAUUUAUCCAUCCCUUAAUGACAGUC